GGCAUUUUUUGCAAAAACUGUCUUAAAAGGUCAAAUAACAUAAGUCCAUAUUUAUAAUAAAUAAAUGCACAGCCGUAAUUUAUAAAAAUGAUAAAUAGUGAGAGAAAUAUAAGGGGGGAAGCAUACAGUGUCUUAUAGUUGGAUAAAGAUGGUUAUCACUGUUGGGAUUUUGAUGUGUGUUUUUGCAUAUUUGUUUUUAUUCUCAUCAUUUGAAAUGACUUCAGAUGCAAAUAGAAUACAAGCUCCAGAAGGUUUAAAAGUAAAUGGUAGAAAUUUCACAUUAAAGAGAGAAAAAUUUAGAAUAAUGAGUGGAUCCAUGCACUACUUUAGAAUUCCAUUUCGAAAAUGGUCUGAUCGAUUAUUAAAAUUAAAGGCUAUGGGAUUAAAUACAGUGGACAUCUACAUCCCUUGGAAUUUGCAUGAACCUGAACCAGGUCAUUUUGAUUUUAGCAGUGAUCAAUUAAAUUUAAGUGAAUUUUUGUAUCUGUUGCAAGGUUAUGGUUUGUAUGCUGUAAUUCGUCCAGGACCUUACAUAUGUGCAGAAUUGGAUUUAGGUGGUUUGCCUAGUUGGUUACUUAGAGAUAAAAACAUGAAAUUGCGAUCAUUAUAUCCUGGAUUCAUUGAGCCAGUUGAAAGAUAUUUUAAGCAAUUGUUUGCAAUUUUGCAGCCUUUUCAAUUCAGCUACGGAGGACCAAUAAUUGCAUUUCAGAUUGAAAAUGAAUAUGGUGUUUAUGAUCAGGAUGUUAACUACAUGAAAUAUCUUAAGGAGAUUUAUAUUUCAAAUGGCUUGAGUGAAUUGUUUUUUGUGUGUGACAAUAAGCAAGGACUUGGAAAAUACAAACUAGAAGGAGUAUUACAAACAAUAAAUUUUAUGUGGUUAGAUGCUAAAGGGAUGAUUGAUAAGCUAGAAGCUGUCCAGCCAGAUAAACCUGUAUUUGUGACAGAACUGUGGGAUGGUUGGUUUGAUCAUUGGGGAGAAAAUCACCAUAUUGUUAAAACAGCAGAUGCCGCAUUAGCAUUAGAGUAUGUUAUUAAGCGAGGAGCCUCUUUUAACUUAUAUAUGUUUCAUGGUGGUACUAAUUUUGGAUUUAUUAAUGGAGCGAACGCAAAUAACGAUGGCUCAAAUUACCAGAGUACUAUUACAAGUUAUGACUACGAUGCUCCAGUUUCAGAAACAGGACAUUUAAGCCAAAAGUUUGAUGAACUCAAGUUAACAAUUAAAAAUAAUGCACCCAAGGGUGCAGUACCAAAAACAUUGCCAUGGAUACCAGAUGAUUCUCCUUAUACUGGUUAUGGUAUGAUUAAGUUGACAACACAAAUGGAUUUAUCUGAAAUUUUAAAACAUGUGAAUUUUAAAAAAUAUCAACAGGUUGUAAACAUGGAAAAUCUUUCCAUAAAUAACAAUGCAGGUCAGUCUUUUGGAUACAUUGUCUAUGAGAAUACAUUUCAAAACACAAAAGAUGCAACAUUGUUCAUUGAAGAAGCUAGGGAUUUUGUUUUAGUAGAGGUUGAAAACAAUAUUAUUUAUAGCAGCUAUGAUAAACUUAAAAACAUCAAAAUUCCAAUCAAGCAAAAUUCAGGCAAAGAAAAUCUGUUACGUAUAUUUGUUGAAAAUAGUGGUCGUGUGAACUAUGGUUUGGAUUUGAAUAAUCAGAGAAAAGGACUUCUUGGAAAGGUUUUGCUCAACAAUAAUGUAUUGACUAAUUGGAAUAUAUAUCCAUUAGAGUUUAAAAAAGAUUGGUUAGAUAACAUAACUACCAACGGAGUAUGGAAAGAUAUUGGUAACACCACUCAUGGUAAUCUGUCUCCCAAAGUGUAUAAAGGAACCCUGUAUGUUCAUAAGCAUGCACCCUCUGAUACCAGUAUACUUGUCGAGGGCUGGUUCAAAGGCUGUGUUUUUAUCAACGGCUUUAAUUUAGGCCGUUAUUGGGAUCGCGGUCCUCAAAAAACGCUUUACGUUCCCGAUCAGAUUUUGUCACGCGGAGAUAACACCCUAUUGUUGUUUGAUCUUCACGGCAAUCCAUCUAAACAUGAAGAAUCAGGAUACCCAUUUGUAUCCUCCGAAUAUAAACAUGAUUUGGGUGAAACAAACCAGAUAGAGUUUUUGAUUUAAAUGAGCACGACAAUUAGUAAAAACAAAAAAAUUUCAUAAUAAAAAAUGAUAAAAAUUACCCCUCUAACCAAAUGACUUUGUACAAUAAGUAAAAUUUGCUUCAAACAAUCUAACCAAUCGAAUUUCUACAAUUCAGACAUUAGUGAGUUGUAACUAAACACCGUUGAAAAUUUUUAUUAGUAAAAGUUGCCACAUAAAAGUGUUUUGUAUAUAUAAAUUGCAGUUUAAAAUGUUUACUGAACAAGUGAAAGACAAUGGUUAAAAUAUUUCUAGAAAAAAAAGAUGGAAUAAAAAAAUGUGAGGAAUAAAACUUUAGUUGCUCAUUUAUAAAGCAACACAUUUUUAAACUUUAAUGGAUUCUUUUUAAAGUAAAUUAUUAUUCAAGGUAUGUCCGUAUAAUACGUUUGUAUGUAUAGUGUACAUUUCCAAUAUUAGGCAAUGGGUGUAGUGUAUGUAAGUAUUUUGGUAACAUAUGAAAGGAUAAAAUAAAAGUCCGUAUUAUUUGGGAUAA